CGCCUCGGGGCCGCUCCCGCCCCGUCCCGUCCCUCCCCUCCGCGCCCCGCGGCUCGUGUGACCGGAGCGGCGGGAGUCGGUCCGCGCCCGUCUGGGAGGCCCUGAGCCCGCACCGCCACCGCCACCGUCACCGCCACCGCCGGCCGCGGACGCGGGGAAGGGCGGACGGACGGAGGGAGGGUGGGAAACAGGGAGGCGAGGCGGCCUCCCGGGUGUCCGGCACCAUGAGCAUCGAGAUCCCGCCGGGCCUCACCGAGCUGCUGCAGGGCUACACGGUGGAGGUGCUGCGGCACCGGCCGUCCGACCUGCUGGGCUUCGCCGCCGAGUACUUCGCCCGCCUGCGGGAUGCCCGCGACCAGGAGGCGGGCGGUGGCCGCAGGGUGGUCAGCUUCGACGGGGAGCCCAUGCAGACCGAGUCCAACGGCGACGAGGAGCCCGACCGCGGCGACGACGAGUCCGACUCCGACUUCGAGCCUCCAGUUGUUAACCGAUACAACAGAAGAGUAUCAGUUUGUGCUGAAGCUUUCAAUCCAGAUGAGGAGGAGGAAGAUACAGAGCAAAGGGUAGUUCAUCCAAAAACUGAUGAACAGCGAUGCAGACUGCAGGAAGCAUGUAAAGAUAUCCUGCUCUUCAAAAACCUAGAUCAGGAGCAGCUGUCUCAGGUCCUUGAUGCCAUGUUUGAGAGGAAGGUGAAACCUCAGGAACAUGUGAUUGACCAAGGGGAUGAUGGAGAUAACUUCUAUGUCGUUGAGCGAGGGUUGUAUGACAUUGUUGUAGCAAAAGACAACCAGUCUCGCUGUGUGGGCCGCUACGAUAACCACGGCAGUUUUGGGGAGCUGGCACUGAUGUACAACACUCCCAGAGCUGCCACCAUUGUUGCCACAACAGAAGGAGCCCUUUGGGGACUGGAUCGAGUGACAUUCAGAAGAAUUAUACUGAAAAACAACGCAAAGAAGAGGAAGACUUAUGAAUUAUUUAUUGAGUCUGUGCCCCUUCUUAAAUCCUUGGAGGCAUCAGAGCGAAUGAAGAUAGUGGAUGUUAUAGGAGAGAAGGUGUACCAAGAUGGGGAACGUAUCAUUUCUCAGGGUGACAAAGCAGACUGUUUUUACAUUGUAGAAUCUGGAGAAGUAAAAAUCUUGAUUAAAAGCAAGACCAUGACGAGUAAAGAAGCCAAUCAAGAGGUGGAGAUUGCCCGGUGUCACAGAGGGCAGUACUUUGGAGAGCUUGCACUCGUUACCAACAAACCCAGAGCAGCCUCUGCCUAUGCUGUUGGGGAGGUCAAAUGUUUAGUCAUGGAUGUGCAAGCGUUUGAGAGGUUGCUUGGACCCUGCAUGGACAUUAUGAAGAGGAAUAUUACACAUUAUGAGGAGCAACUGGUGGCAAUGUUUGGCUCUAGCAUGGACCUGAUGGAUCCAGGGAAUUAGGCACAGGGUACCUCAAUGCCUUCUUAGUUCAAGACACAGAAAAGCCUCCUAUCAGCAACACAACUCACAAGGACAACGGACACUACGGAACAGUUACUGCUGCUGUUUUCUUGGGCAUUUUAGAAACCAUAAACAAGUCUCAGCACAGAUGGAUUGCUCACUCCUCCCUGCCUCCACUUUGCUGCUGAUACUUCAUUAUUAGACCUAGAUUAAAGAUGAUUCUAACCCUA